AGGGAGAGCGAAGGAGGCGGAGCGGGGAGCCCGGAGCGGGCUGGCCAGCGCUCCUCCUGCCGGCCGGGGAUUUUCCAGACUGGGCGCUGACGCCGCGGACCUCCCUGCGGCCACCGCGGACCAUGGGCGACAAAGGGACUCGAGUGUUCAAGAAGGCGAGCCCCAAUGGAAAGCUCACCGUCUACCUGGGAAAGCGGGACUUUGUGGACCACAUCGACCUUGUGGACCCUGUGGAUGGUGUGGUCCUGGUGGAUCCUGAGUAUCUCAAGGAGAGGAGAGUCUAUGUGACACUGACCUGCGCCUUCCGCUAUGGCCGGGAGGAUCUGGAUGUCCUGGGCCUGACCUUUCGCAAAGACCUGUUUGUGGCCAACGUGCAGUCCUUCCCGCCGGCCCCCGAGGACAAGAAGCCCCUGACGCGGCUGCAGGAGCGCCUUAUCAAGAAGCUGGGCGAGCACGCCUACCCCUUCACCUUUGAGAUCCCUCCAAACCUCCCAUGCUCUGUGACGUUGCAACCAGGGCCUGAAGACACGGGGAAGGCCUGUGGUGUGGACUAUGAAGUCAAAGCAUUCUGUGCUGAGAACCUGGAGGAGAAGAUCCAUAAGAGGAAUUCUGUGCGUCUGGUCAUCCGGAAGGUUCAGUAUGCCCCGGAGAGGCCUGGCCCCCAGCCCACAGCUGAGACCACCAGGCAGUUCCUCAUGUCGGACAAGCCCCUGCACCUAGAAGCCUCCCUGGACAAGGAGAUCUAUUACCAUGGAGAACCCAUCAGCGUCAACGUCCACGUCACCAACAACACCAACAAGACAGUGAAGAAAAUCAAGAUCUCGGUGCGCCAGUAUGCGGACAUCUGCCUUUUCAACACAGCACAGUACAAGUGCCCCGUGGCCAUGGAGGAGGCUGAUGACACUGUGGCACCCAGUUCGACGUUCUGCAAAGUUUACACGCUGACUCCUUUCCUGGCCAAUAACCGAGAGAAGCGAGGCCUCGCCCUGGAUGGGAAACUCAAGCACGAAGACACGAACCUGGCCUCCAGCACCCUGUUGAGGGAAGGCGCCAACCGUGAGAUCCUGGGGAUCAUUGUUUCCUACAAAGUGAAGGUGAAGCUGGUGGUGUCUCGAGGCGGCCUGUUGGGAGAUCUUGCGUCCAGUGAUGUGGCUGUGGAACUGCCCUUCACCUUAAUGCACCCCAAGCCCAAAGAGGAACCCCCACAUCGGGAAGUUCCAGAGAACGAGGCGCCAGUAGACACAAAUCUCAUAGAACUUGACACGAACGAUGACGACAUUGUGUUUGAGGACUUUGCUCGCCAGAGACUGAAAGGCCUGAAGGACGACAAGGAGGAAGAGGAGGAUGGCACCGGCUCUCCACACCUCAACAACAGAUAGACUGGCGGCCCGCGCCCAGCAGCUCCGGGCCACUCUCUUGCACUAGGAUGCUUACUUGUCUUCUUCCUGUUCUGGUUUCCCUCCCCUUUGUUCUUCCAAUUUCAACUAGGGGACCCCAAGUGGUCUUCCUGGUCACGGUGAUGGACCUCUGGCCUCAGGAUUGGCCCCACAUCACCAUGCCAACAGUGCACCACCUUCACCUCUCUCUGCGGUCACCGCUCCACCCCACCCUCUUUUCAUGCUCAUUCCCACAAAGGCCACCACAGCCCUGGCCUUGGGAUUGGGCUUGAGAUGGGGAGUGGGAAGGGCAGGGUGGGGCUGGAGGGGCUCUGUCGUGGUGGGUGUGAGGGCUCGGAGGAGUGGGCAUGAGGGCUCAAGACACGUGAGAAGAUGUCCCCAGUUCUACCUGGUAAUGGUUCUGGCAGCUAAAAGAUGACUAUAUUGAAGGCCACCCCCUCCCAACUGGAGGGGCAGAACCAUGGAUAGCUUCUCAAUGCCUUUUUGCAGUUUGGACCCACCAAAGACCUCUCCCCCUCCACCUUUCUCCUUGUCCUGUGUCCCUGUGUCUGAUAGUGGCAUUGGUGAAGCUCGUGAGCUCAUAGACCCAGGAGUGGAAAAAAGCAACGAAAUGACUUCCUUACCAGCAGACACCUAGAUGGAGGCGAGCCGUGUCAACUAGCCAGUUUUCUUUGGGACUUGUCAGGAUGAGCACCUUAGCUGCCUUGUGUUGUGGUGGUGAUGGGGGGACUGGGUUCUCACAUACACAAAGGUGGGGCUCUUCAAGCACCAGCCCCUGCAGAGGGAGUUUCUGAUGGGGCUUUCAGAGGUGGGCAGAGGUGGGAAGUUGAGCCUCCCCUUCUCCCUUCCUUCGCAGACUUAAGACUUUUUUAUCACCAGGAUCAAGGUGGGAGGUCCAGGGAUAGCUGGGGCCACCAGCAUCCCCCUCUUUCUCCCUGUAGUCUUCCAUGACUAGGCUGGGUUGGCCCUACAGGUGGGGAGAGUGGCCACUGUCAAAGGCAGUCCUUCCCCAGAAGGUAGCAGGCUCCAUCAAGAUGCCUUCCUGCAAAGGGAAAGAGGCCAUGCUUCUUUCCUUGGGGAAUGGAGACCCUAGUAGUUCCCAGUGUCAAAGGUACCUAAUACCCAUUGGCUGGUGUUGGUGUGAUUGAGAACUGGGGCCUUUCCCAGGGCAAUGGGGCAGACAUAGCGAUAAGUGGCAAGUAUUGAAAGGUAUCCUUGUCUGGUCUUUAAUGCUAACUUGCUGUAUGAUCUUAGGCAAGUUUGUUCCCCUCUCUGGGCCUCAGUUCCCCACUGGAAAACCCAGGGACUUCUGGCUUUGAAAAUUUGUGAACAUUUGAGCUCUGGUCUGCUGGGUGGAGCCAGGGCUGCUUCCUGUUCCAUUGGCUUCUAGAGGGAAUUCACAGACCUCAGAAGCAGCAGGACCCAAGAGAGCUCCUGUCCAAACUCCAGGCCUAGGAAAGGCCCUUUUUGGGCCUCCGGGGUGUCACCUGAUGUCAAGCCUUGACCAUAGCCUGCAUGAACUGCUCUGCCCUAAGCCCUGGGUUUGCUGAGACUUGAUGGGGGGCUUGUGAUAGGGCCUGCAGGGCUUCACAGCCCCUGGAGGAUGUGGGCAACAUGAGGUUUACCAGGCAAAUAUACUAAUUAGCAGAACGAGGGGGAUUCCUUCUCAAUUUCUGCUUACUUCUGUCUUGGCCCCAUAUUUUCCUGAAAAGGGAGACAACACGACUUUUUUAUACAAGUUGGAUCCCAACUCUUUCCAACCCAGCACCUCUGGGGAUGAGCUGCACAAACCUUUCCCCAUGGUGAAAUGAUGGUCAUUAGCCUGGCCCCAUGUCUGCUAAAUCUCAUGAAUGCUUAACUCAAGGGACCUCCUUCCCAAGUCAGAACCAGGUCAACUGGGGGCAGUCACAUUAUCCAGGCCAGUCCCAUGGUCCUAGCAGCAGGUGCCCCAGGCAUCCAGCCCCUGCUGGAACUGGGUCGCUGUGGAGCUGGACGCACAGAGCAUGUACCCUUCAGUGUCUUCCUCUGAAACUUGGGGCUGGUACAAGACCCUUAGCAUUGGGGGUAACCUCUCCCCACAAAUAUCUUUUCCCCCAUCCCUAACAUAUGCACACAAAAAUUUUGCCAGGCUGGUUUUUGAAGCUUCCUGCUCUUCAAAAUCACACUUGUAGGGAUUUUUCCAGUGUUAAUUGAAACUUCUCCAGCUGCAGGGAGUACCAGGGCGCUAUCUUUUUGCUCUUUGAGCCAGGACUGCACAAGGACAAUGGUAGAGUGUAGUUGAAUUCAGCUUCACCAUUCUUUGCUGACAGUUUCUGUGCUCUAUGCCCAGCCUUGGUGGCACAGAGAUGGAUCUAUCCCAGUCUCUGUUCCUGGCCAGGGGAAAGUCACAAAGGCAUUGCAUCCAGGGCUGGUUCAUAUAGUGCCUUGAUGUGAGUUAGAACACAGUGCCCUUCCAGAGGGACUCAGAACACAGCAGAAUGCACAGUCCUGUGAGUGUCACACAGGUUGGAUUUGGUUCCACUUGCCUAUUGGCCAGGUGCCCCUCUCCUCAGCUUUGUGCUGCAACCUUGAGAGACACAGGCCAAAGCAUUUCUGUGGUCUCUUCUUGAAGAGGAGGACCCAUAUCAUCUUUCCAGGUUUCUGGUCAGCUCCAGACACCAUCUCUGAACUCAACACCUAGAGAUGACCCAGUACUUCUCUGCAAGGCCCCUCUCCAUCCUGGAGUCAGCCUGGCCAGGUGACACCUUGGAGUGAUAGUGGGGGUGGGGGAGCCUUACUAGGCCCCAGGACCAACCCACAGUACUGGCCCUUGUUAUGCCAAGUGUUUGAGGCCUAUACCUGCCAAGCAGCCCAUUUCCCAGUGGGUCAUGGGGCUGGCAGGAUGAUGCCAAUCUGGGCAGGAAGGAAGAACUUGGCCUGGGUGUAGCUGCACAAAGCAGAGGGCCAGCUGGGCUUCCUCAGCACCCAACCCAGAGAGGAGUUCAGUCUUGGGAAGACAAGGACUGAGUCCUUUGGUUGGACCCCAGGGCCUUCUCGGCCUCAAAGCCCAGAAAAGCUAGAGUGGGCUUGCCCUGGUUCUGGUCCAGCUGGCUCCCACUUGGUGCAGCGGAAGCAAUGCCAGGGCUGAACAGUGCCCAGGGCUGCUUCUCAGGCCUGGCUGUCACCAACCAGUUGGGUUGCCUUGAGCAAGUCCCACACCUUCAGGCUCGGCUUCCCUAACUAAAGUGGUACAGAACUUCCUUCCCUGCCUGACUCAGGACAUGGCCGUGAGAUGAAAACCAGUGGCCCAUGCUCUGUAAGUUGCAAACAGCCACCAGGUGUGACCUGCAACUUCAAGAGCACGACCCAAGGUCACACAGGAAGUUAACUGUGCGCCAACCCACCUCCCGCUGGUCUUCAUCUCUGGCCCUGCUUCUCACUUAGGUAACUGUCAACCAGAAUGAGAAGCAGCCAAUUUGGCCUUGGUGACCCAGCUGAGAGGGAAAUGCAGACACUAUUUGGAAACACCGUGAUCACUGACACGCAACCAAGACAGAAAAGAUGUGCAUGUUUUCAGUGAUUGGGGAACAGGGGGGUUCUUGGACCCUUCCAGGCCUGUAGUCACCCACAUCUCCCACCUCUCAGACCCCACAGAGGUCAAGAAGGCUUGAUACUGAACCCACCAUUGCUCUGUAAAAGAAAUCUAAGGGUGAGGGGAAAUAGAAAUUGCCUAUUCCUGACCCUCAAAGUAAAAGGCCCCAUUCAGGAUCAACAGAGCUGCCAGAGCUUCCUGGUGACACUUGAGAGGGCCCUGGGCCCAGGGAAAGCCCAGAUCUCUUGCCCUGAGCCCUGAGCCCUGAGCCCCGGCUGAUCCUCUCCCAGUGGUUUCAGCAGCCCAGAGAGGCAGCUUGCCUCCUGCCAGUGCCAAGGGCCUGGGCACGCCCUACCCAUCCAAUCUUGAACUCUUUCAGGGUCCAAUCUUGAACUCCUACAGGGUCUCAUGGAUGCAGGCCUAUGCCUGUCCUGACAUUUUUCUUUUUAAAAUCAAUAGGGACCAAAAGAGGCUCCCCACUCCUCCCUCGUACAGCCUGCCUGGUGCAAGCAGCACCAUCUCCUUUCCCUCCCUCCUGGACUGAAGAAGCCCCGCUGUGGGGCAGACCCCACCUGGCUGCUCCUGCAGGCUCACUGCACAGUAGUGAGAGGCCAUGUGGAAGGGGGUGCACCCUCCACCAACAUUCCCUCCCAACUUGUCACCCCAAAAGGGAAAUCAAAGCACAGGUCCCUGGGACCCUUGAUCCGUAGACACUGAUAGUGGCUUUCCAGCCAGUUCCACAGGGUACCGUGGAACUCCCACAGGGCCUCGUCAGCAGCUCUACGGGAGGAAGGUGGGGGCAAAGGCUGAGUCUCCAGCCCUCCCCACUUCCCACUUCACCAGAACAACUCUGCUUUUAUCUCUCUUGCCUGUUGUGGUUUCACUUUAAAAAAUUUUGUUUUGAAGAAAAACUUCAAACCACCAUUCUGAGGUUUGAUCUUAGACCAGCAAGCACAGAGUCUAUCCUUGCUUUUCAUGUUGGCAUGGCUCCGGCUUUCCAAUACAAAGUGUCUUCAUAUCGGAGCUUGGGUCCCAGACCAAGGCCCAAGUGUAUGCUUACACACACGGGUGCACGCGCAGACACAUUUCAUGUUUUGUUUUGUUUUUUAACCAACCCACCCUGAAGCUCUGGCCUGGGUUUGACUUGGGCAGGGGCUGGUGAUCAGAGAGGUUGGGGCUUGACCUAGGCCACAAUCCCCACCCAGGACUCUGUCUCCACCCCUGUGUGACACCCCACUUCCCAGCCCAGGCCCUCAGGGUGUCAGGAGGAUCAGGGUGACUGGAGAAGGAGAAGCUAGAGCCAGGUUCAACUACAUUCAGUGAGGGAGAUGGACACCCAGGUUCACACAAAGACAUACUGAACGAGGACUUUAUGACAAAAGUCUCUUCCCUGAGGUCAGGAGUCCCCCAGAGACCUUUCAAGCACCAAGUUUCCUUGAGUAAUUCCAAUAGGAUUCUAUUACCACAAUUGUGGCCAACCAAGCAUGUGGACAACAGGAGAUUUUGUGCCCCCAAAGAGGCUGGCCCCCUCAGGAGGUCGCCUGAAUUCUUUCUCUGCCUACCUGCCCCUCUGCCCAGGCCCCUCAUGGGCACUCAAUAGCAGGUGGGUACUUUUGGACCAGCCCUUGGCACAAAAUCCCACCUCCUAGGACAUUCUAGAUGUGAAUGUGAAGCUCAGGGCACUGCAAGCCACAUGACAUGGGAGAAAGAGAGUGCCAUCGGAUACUUUAUGUUCAACCUGUGCCCUUGGAGACCCUGCUGGCCUCAGUUUCUACAUGUGUAAAAUGGGGCCAGUACCAGGUUGUGCUCACCUUCAUAGGGAUCGUUGCAAGGGCCACGGGGAGGGGUGUAGGCAAGGAGAUAGUUUGAAGUGGCAGCAUAUGAGAGACAGGUGCCUUACAAACUUGGGGUGAGGUCCUGUCCUGGGUGGCCAAUCUGCAGAGCCCCCAGGGAACCGGUGCAGAAUGUACCGUCCCCCUGGGCAGCUGUGCUCAGCAGUGAGGUCUGGUCCCAAAUGCUCUGGGACUACCUCUUCCUAUGAGCAAGCAUAUGAGUCCUGGGCCGGGGGAGGUGGGGUGGCUGGGUGGGUCUCCAGGUCUGUGGCCCUUCUGUGAAGUGACUGUCGGUUAUUCUGUGGCCCUCUCACUCCUGGACCCCUCCAGGUGAAUCGGCUGCACCUGUGGCAUUCCUUAGUUCGUCAGAUAAGUUAUUCCAGUUUAUUCAACUCCAACAGAACAAAUGAACAAACGAACCACAAGGAGGAGGCCAAUAAAGGUCUUUUGUGACAGAA